GAGGAACUGCACUUGGGAAAAGAAGAAUCUUCUAACAAAUGGGAAAUUAUAAAUCCAGACCAACCCAAACUUGUACUGAUGAAUGGAAGAAGAAAGUCAGUGAAUCUUAUGUUAUUGUAAUAGAAAGAUUAGAAGAUGACCUGCAGAUCAAAGAAAAAGAACUUACAGAACUAAGACAUAUAUUUGGUUCUGAUGAUGCCUUCAGUAAAGUCAAUUUAAAUUACCGCACAGAAAAUGGUCUGUCUCUACUUCAUUUAUGUUGCAUUUGUGGAGGCAACAAGUCACAUAUUAGAACCCUUAUGUUAAAAGGUCUCCGCCCAUCUCGACUGACAAGAAAUGGAUUUACAGCCUUGCAUUUGGCAGUUUACAAGGAUAGUGCAGAAUUGAUCACUUCUCUGCUUCACAGUGGAGCUGACAUACAGCAGGUUGGGUAUGGCGGCCUCACUGCCCUGCAUAUUGCUACAAUUGCUGGUCACCUGGAGGCUGCUGAUGUACUACUGCAACAUGGAGCUAACAUCAACGUUCAAGAUGCAGUUUUUUUCACUCCAUUGCACAUUGCAGCAUACUAUGGGCACGAACAGGUAACCCGCCUCCUUUUGAAAUUUGGUGCUGAUGUAAAUGUAAGCGGUGAAGUCGGAGAUAGGCCCCUCCACCUAGCAUCUGCAAAAGGAUUCUUUAAUAUUGCGAAACUCUUGGUGGAAGAAGGCAACAAAGCAGAUGUGAAUGCUCAGGACAAUGAAGAUCAUGUUCCACUCCACUUCUGUUCUCGCUUUGGACACCAUGAUAUAGUGAAGUACCUGCUCCAGAGCAAUUUAGAAGUUCAGCCACAUGUUGUUAAUAUCUAUGGAGACACCCCUUUGCACCUGGCAUGCUACAAUGGCAAAUUUGAAGUUGCCAAGGAAAUCAUCCAAAUAUCAGGGAUAGAAAGUCUGACUAAAGAAAACAUCUUCAGUGAAACAGCUUUUCACAGUGCUUGUACCUAUGGCAAGAGCAUUGACCUGGUUAAAUUUCUUCUUGAUCAGAAUGUCAUAAGCAUCAACCACCAAGGAAGGGAUGGGCACACAGGACUGCACUCUGCUUGCUACCAUGGUCACAUUCACCUGGUUCAGUUCUUACUGGAUAACGGAGCUGAUAUGAAUCUGGUAGCUUGUGAUCCAAGCAGGUCUAGUGGUGAAAAAGAUGAGCAGACAUGUCUAAUGUGGGCUUAUGAAAAAGGACAUGAUGCAAUUGUCACACUCCUGAAACAUUAUAAGAGACCUCAGGAUGAAUUGCCCUGUAAUGAAUAUUCUCAGCCUGGAGGAGAUGGCUCCUAUGUGUCUGUUCCAUCCCCUUUGGGGAAGAUUAAAAGCAUGACAAAAGAGAAGGCAGAUGUUCUCCUUCUAAGGGCUGGAUUGCCUUCACAUUUCCAUCUUCAGCUCUCAGAAAUUGAGUUCCAUGAGAUUAUCGGCUCAGGUUCUUUUGGGAAAGUGUAUAAAGGACGAUGCAGAAAUAAAAUAGUGGCUAUAAAGCGUUAUCGAGCCAACACCUACUGCUCCAAGUCAGAUGUGGAUAUGUUUUGCCGAGAGGUGUCCAUUCUCUGCCGGCUCAAUCAUCCUUGUGUCAUUCAGUUUGUGGGUGCUUGCUUGAAUGAUCCCAGCCAGUUUGCCAUCGUCACUCAGUACAUAUCAGGGGGUUCUCUAUUCUCCCUCCUUCAUGAACAGAAGAGGAUUCUUGACUUGCAGUCUAAAUUAAUUAUUGCAGUAGAUGUUGCCAAAGGUAUGGAGUACCUUCACAACUUGACACAGCCAAUUAUACACCGUGACUUAAACAGUCACAAUAUUCUUCUCUAUGAGGAUGGGCAUGCUGUGGUGGCAGAUUUUGGAGAAUCAAGAUUUCUGCAGUCUCUGGAUGAAGACAACAUGACAAAACAACCUGGGAACCUCCGCUGGAUGGCUCCUGAGGUGUUCACACAGUGUACACGCUACACCAUCAAAGCUGACGUCUUCAGCUAUGCUCUGUGUCUGUGGGAACUUCUCACCGGCGAAAUUCCAUUCGCUCAUCUCAAGCCAGCGGCUGCCGCAGCAGACAUGGCUUACCACCAUAUCAGACCUCCCAUUGGCUAUUCCAUUCCCAAGCCCAUAUCAUCUCUGCUGAUGCGAGGGUGGAAUGCAUGUCCUGAAGGAAGACCUGAAUUUUCUGAAGUUGUUACCAAGUUAGAAGAGUGUCUCUGCAACACUGAGCUGAUGUCUCCUGCAUCAAGUAACAGCAGCGGGUCUCUCUCACCUUCCUCUUCUUCUGAUUGUCUGCUGAGCCGUGGAGGAGGGCCUGGGCGGAGCCACGUGGCAGCUUUACGGAGUCGUUUUGAAUUGGAAUAUGCUCUAAAUGCAAGGUCCUAUGCUGCCUGGUCCCAAAGUGCUGGACAAUGUGCCUCUCAAGGCCUGUCUUUGGAGGACAUGAAGAAAAGUCUUCAGUUCUCACCCAUUGACAAAUAUGGCUACGUGUCUGAUCCCAUGAGCCCGAUGCAUUUUCAUUCUUGCCGGAAUUGUGGCAGCUUUGAGGACAGCAGCUGA